UCCCAGAAUAGCCUCUCACCGGAGCGCUCUCUAAAUAUCAGUGGAGGGUUUUUUGGAUUUCGGGGUGACUUGGGAGUCGCUGGAGAUGGAUUAAAGGGACGGUGCACCGCAAAACUGGAGCACCACGCGCGACCACGCCGGGGGGGAAGGGGGCGACGGGACUCGGUGAAUUCACGGAGCCCCCGGGACAGAGGCUGUGACUGGUCCCACCCCAAGAUGACGUCCCCCAAAAACAAAGCCAAGAAGAAAGCACCCAAAGACAGCAUGACGCUGCUGCCAUGCUUUUAUUUUGUAGAGCUCCCCAUCGUCCUGUCCUCUUUGGUGUCGCUGUACUUCCUGGAGCUGACAGAUGUGUUGUCCCCGGCGAUGGUGGGCUUCCGUUGCCACGACCGUGACCUCUCCAUGCCCUACGUAGAGACGGGGGAUGAGCUCAUCCCUUUGCUGAUGCUGCUGAGUUUGGCCUUCGCUGGUCCUGCAGCGUCCAUAAUGAUGGGGGAGGGCCUGACGUACUGUUUGCAGUCCAAACUGAAGACGUGUCCCAAGUCGGAGAGCAGCAUCAACGCCGGAGGCUGCAGCUUCAACUCCUUCCUACGCAGAACCGUGCGCUUCGUCGGUGUUCAUGUGUUCGGUCUCCUGGCAACAGCCCUAGUGACAGAUGUCAUCCAGCUAGCUACUGGUUACCACGCCCCUUUCUUCCUCACCGUCUGCCAGCCCAAUUACACGGCUCCGGGAGUGUCAUGUGACAACAAUGCCUACAUCACACGGGACAUAUGCAUGGGGAAGGAUCCGUAUGCCAUCAUGUCAGCUAGGAAAACGUUUCCAUCCCAGCAUGCAACGCUCUCUGGCUUCGCUGCUGUCUAUAUCUCCAUGUAUUUGAAUGCCAGCAUCAGCAGCACGACCAAGCUGCUGAAGCCGUUGCUGGUGUUUUCGUUCUGCAUGGCGGCGGGCCUCGCUGGGCUCACGCAGAUAACUCAGCACCGCAGUCACCCGAUAGACGUCUACGUGGGAUACCUCAUAGGAGCCGGCGUCGGAGUCUACCUGGCUGUGUACGCAGUGGGAAACUUCAAAGCAUCAGACGAAGAUGCUCCCUCUUUGCAGAGACUGGCCCCAGCUCUGCAGAAGGACAGCCUGAGGGUGCUGAGCCAGCGGAGUCAUGACUCCCUGUACAGGAAGACUCCCAGGGUGUCUGAGAGCAGAGAGGAGCUGGGGGCGGGGCUGGGGUCCGGGGCUCGCAGUAAGGUGAGGAGGGAGAAGGCGUCCCUGGCCUCCCUCAAACGAGCGAGUGCUGAUGUGGAGCUCCUGGCAACCCGGGGUCCCAUGGGCAAGGAAACUAUGGUAACCUUCAGCAACACUUUGCCCCGAGUCGCGAACGGCAACAGCCCCAUCUCCCCCUCAGAUGAUCUGCCCGCUACGCAGCGUCACAUGACCUUCCACGUGCCCUUUGACCCCCAGAGGUCUCGGCAGCUGGUGUCAGAGUGGAGGCAGCGCUCCCUGGAGCUCCGCAGCCAGAGCUCACGAGACGAGGAGGAGGGAAUGGACGGGAGGGAUGGAGGAGAUGAAGGAGAAGGAGACCAGGAGAUGCCCCCCUCUCUUUAUCCCACAGUGCAAGCCAACAAGGGCAACGCCACACCAACUGGAGGCAGGAUGGUGGUGUCGCCCCCACUCGUUCACAUCCCUGAAGAGGCAUCUCGGCCGCCGCCUGUCUCCCCCAAGAGUGCCAAGACUCGCGCCAAGUGGCUGUCACUCACAGAGGGAGGGGGGGGGAAAGAGCCGGGAACAGGGCCGAUUGCGGUGUGUACUCCCCGCGUGCCCAACACGCAGCCCAACCAGCUGUCCAGCCAGCCAAGAGUCACUCAGGUGAUAGCCAUGUCCAAGCAGCAGGGUCACGGAGUCACUUCGUCCACUAAGACGUCAGAAGGUGGCUCCUCCUCCGGCGGUGGCUCCAACUGCUCCGAGUCGCCCUAUUAUCGGAUCCCAUCCGAUCGAGACAGCUGCACGGGGAGCAACCCGGGGAGCAUCGCCGGAAGUGGGAGCAUCGUCACCAUCGACGCUCACGCCCCUCACCACCCGGUGGUGCGUGUGUCGGCCGCUAACGGCAAGCCGUGGGAGUGGAGAAACACCAUCAGCGGCAACAUGAUGGCCGGCGACUUGGCAGGGGACAAACACCGCGUAUCGCUACAGCGACAGGAUAAUGGCAAUCACUACCGGGAUUACCGGACACUGCCAGUGAAAAAGGAAUCGCUCUGCCCCUCCUCGGCCAGUGGCAGCGCCGAAGGAGGACUCGAUCUGCCUCCCCCACCUCUCCCCUCCUCCUCCCCUCUGCUUCCCCCUCCUCAGCUGUUGUCAUCCCCUCUACCGCCACCCCCUCCCCACUCGUCUACUUCCCCUUUGCCUCCCCCUCCUCACCCAAGCUCCUCUCCAAUGCUUUCUCCUCUCCCUCACCCUGCCUCCUCUCACCUGUCCUCUCAGAUGCCCCCACCGCCCCUCCCGUCGUCCUCUCAAAUGCACCCACUUCUCCACCCAUCUUCCUCUCAAAUGCACCCGUCCUCCUGUCAAAUGCCCCCCACCUCCUCACCCGUCCUCCUGUCAAAUGCUCCCUACCACCUCACCCGUCCUCCUGUCAAAUGCCCCCACCACCUCACCCGUCCUCUUGUCAAAUGCCCCCACCUCCUCACCCGUCCUCCUGUCAAAUGCCCCCACCUCCUCACCCUUCCUCCUGUCAAAUGCCCCCACCACCUCACCCGUCCUCCUGUCAAAUGCCCCCACCACCUCACCCGUCCUCUUGUCAAAUGCCCCUACCUCCACAUCCGUCCUCUUCCCCUUUGCCACCUCCACCUCACCCUUCAUCCUCCAUGCCUCCACCUCCGCACCCAUCCUGCUCCAGCAUGCUUCCCCCCCCUCCCCAUCCCGACUUACUGAUGGACAGCCACAGCCAGGCGCUGUCCCGCUCCUCCACCCUGCCUCGCCGGCCCUCUGCCCGCAGCCACGCUGAGCAGGAGCACUACUACAAGGCCAUGCAGAACGAGAGGAUGUUAUAGCCAAGACGUCAUUGUCAUAUCAAUGAUUGUACUUCAGGAGACGCCGCUGAAAGAGACAGAGAAACAAAGUAGGUUGUGGCAGGUGAAUAGUGACUUUUGAAAAAUGACAAAAAGGUUUAGAGACUCUGAGACCAGAACAGCAGCAGGGGUGGACGACCACGGGGAGGUCUUGCAACUCACACGCACUCAGCAGGGGAUCUGUUUUUUUCUCCUUCUCACACGUACGCUCAACGGCUCUGACUGGGAAUCGAACAGACAAGAGAAGGGGAGUCAAAGACAGCAGGGUGAAGAAUUAGAAACUCUAGUUUCACCUAUUUUCAGCACGCACACCCUCCGUGGUUCUUUAAAACACAUUUAGAGAAGGAGUGGAAGAGGCUGCAGCUGAGAGAGAGAGAUAUCACAAUGAACGGCCUGGGAUUUGCUAAAUCAACUUUCCCUUGAGAGGAGGGAUAAGACUGAGAAAACAAAACAACUACAGGCAAUACUAGCUCUCCUGAAAGUAGUGCAGCUGUUUGAGGUUGCCAGCCGCUACACACAGAGAAUUUGAACUGAGAAACUUGUGCUUCUAAGCACCCAAAAGCUACGAAUAAAGAAAAGAAUGCAGUAAUGUUAAGUUCAAGAUUAUAAGCCACAACACACACAAGCAAGAGUGGUCGUUUAACCCCUCUGAUUACACAAAGCAAAUGGGGAAAUGUAUGUUUGACGCCAUGCAAAACUGUCAGUAUCCACCAGAGAGAUCCGGCUUAGGAAGCGUUGCUUCUGGUUGGGGUGUGAGGAGGAGGAGGGGUGGGCAUAAGGAGGAUCACGCACAGUUGGGCACCCCUAUACAGACGUCACUGAAUGGAUUACUGCUGUAAACAUGAGAGGCGGUGGAAUGGAAAGGGAAUUUGUUUCCUAAAGUGAAGAUGGUGGCCGGGCCCGCACAGCACAGCGAGCCAGGCAGCCAGUCUGCCUCUGCUUGUGUGCAAAACCUGCCACGGAGCCUGAAGCAGCACUAAGGAGAUUAACGUUUGUUUGUCAAACCACGCUGGCACACUCUUCCCUCCGUGGCCCUUUGCGUUUGGCCCUUCUGGCAAAACACAAUGGCGUCGGGACAGUUGCCGGAAAGCUGCCCAGCCAGUUGUGCAGAACGCCGUCACCGCCGACGUGCACAGGUGCUGGUUGGAUGCGACUAACUGUCGCUUGCAGAAUCUGUUGAUACCCGUUUCGCAUUUCAAAGAUUGUGGUACUACUUUCUAACCAUGCAUACUUGAUAAGGGAUGUAUAAGUUGGUGCUUUAUUAAUGAUCUUUUUUUCUGCUUUAUAGAUCAAUACAUUUUUAAGAGCAACUUGUCGGUUGUCAGGUUUUAAAAACGUCUUUUUAUGUAGCUAUUUUAAUUUUCGGGAAAAGCUCUGCAGGAAGCCUAAAUAAUGUUUACAACUCCAGACUCCAUCCAUUAUUUAUACCCGCUUAUCUUUUGCAGGGUCACUAGAGAGGGCUACCCUUAUUUAAGUAUGCCUUAUUAGAAAGUUAUACCAAGUUAUAUUGGUCUUUUCUUUUUGUUUUACAUAAACUACUUUCAUAUUCUCUUUUACUAAAUGAUAAUGUAGAACCAGAACAAGCGAGUAAGAGCUGCUUCAUACAGUAGGUGAAGUAAAUGCUUACCACUGAAAGCUUUUAGACGAUUAAUGAUUAAUUGUAGAAUUAUUCUAAUUAUUAACAGAAAUUGAAAUGAGUCAGCAGCGGCAGCCCUAACAAACAAUACAAGUUGAGAAGAGAGGACGUUCUUCCUGUUCACCCCUGCCUCGUGUGUGUAUUUAUACCAUGUUGUAUAAAGUUGUUAUCUCGUACCUAUGCUUUCACACAUGCAAGUUUCUUCUAACUCAUCGGAAGAUAUUCCGUCCAAUGACAAGUGCUUUAUUUUCGAUCGUACCUUGAUCGUAUUCUAAUGAAACCUCACAAACAUGAAAGAGUUGGUUUUUGCGCCACAACAUCUGAAGGCUACAUGAACUGAAUGUGUAACGUUGUGCUAGGAACGGGCAAGUUAAAUGGAACAAGUUGUACUCUGUAGUGGAGCAAGGUAGAUAAUGUUGCUCGUCGGUUUGUGCUGCAUGUGUGUGUACGAGCGUGUUUUAAAAAAAACUUUACUUCUGUGCUUCAAGUCUACGCUGUCGCCUUCGACGGACAAGACAUGCUGCAUUUUUCAGUGCUGGUGAUUAUCGUACUACUUUCCCCCAUUUUAACUGUAAGAAAUACUUGAUAUUACCUAAUAUUAUUAAUACUGUUAUUAUUGCGCAGUCCUCUUUUAUGGGCUAAUGUUUUCUAUCUGUGGUGAUGUGUAACAUUAAUAACCCAAUUGAAUAAAAAAGAC